AUGAAGCACAAAUGGACUACAGACGCCAUUCAACAGUGGACCAAUAGACGUGACGAAUACCGCCAGAGGAAGAAUUUACCGCCAUUGACGGACUUGCGCGAUUCGCUGGACCCCAAGGAUCAACAGGCUUAUCGUACAGCGCUUACUACAGAACGGACGAUAUUGUUAAAACGGUUGGAUGCUCACGCUACGGAAACAAUGUCUUGGCCAUACGGCGCACCGUUUUCUGGAGUUUUGUAUCUCCCCUUGAAUUUCCGUCAAACUCAUGGCACUACAAAGCUCGGGUUCAGACAAGGUGAUGAUCUGAAUAGAAUAGUGUUUGAAUUUUACAAUGAAGAAGUGCAAAAGAAUUAUCCAGGCCCUAAUUUUAUUGCGCAAGAUGGCCUGCGACCAAAACGCUACGAAUACCUUGGUCCCAUGCCAUUCGUCGUCGGAUAUCAGUUAUCAGAGGCGGCAGGGGAAGCCUCUAUCGAAUGGUGGGACCGCUACCUGCAACUGAAGUGGAUCAACGAUGGCACUUGGAGGAAUGAAGUUGAUUUUGACGAUAACGUUCAAGGUUGGGUCUCAAAAUCGCGCGGUGACUACAGCAGGAAUCUGGAUAUGUUCGAGUACACAGGCCUUGACACAUAG